CUUUCCUAGGGUAUGGCUGAUAUAGCUGGUGUGACAGCCCUGACAGCCUCUGCAUCACAGCCGUUUCCACCAUGAAGAUCAUCGGGGGGCUCCUUCUGCUCUGCACAAUGACUCAUUUCUUCCGCAAGUUGGAAGCUGCUAGUCUACCUUUAACAACAGUGGACUGCAGCAUUUACAAGAAGUACCCAGUGGUGGCCAUCCCCUGCCCCAUCACAUACCUGCCCGUUUGUGGUUCUGACUACAUCACGUAUGGGAAUGAGUGCCACCUAUGCAUUGAGAACUUGAAAAGUAAUGGAAAAGUUCAGCUUCUUCAUGAAGGAAGUUGUUAACUUCUCCACAGACAUGGGUACAGAGUGAUGAUAUCUUCACCAUCAUCGUCAUCAUCCCCAGCUCUGACUGCCUUUUCCCUCACGUUGGCCUGUGCUCUGGGUAGGGGCAGAGACAGAUUUGGAGUCAUCUUUGUUGGGUGGAGAAAGUUGUUGUGGUCUUCCUCAAACUCAUGCCUCACUCACUUCCUGGCUUCUUUUUUGUACCUCAAUAAAAGAAUCUCCCC